AUGCAAUUCUGUGCGGCGGAUGUGAUAACUGCAACUGUAAGGGAGGCAGUUGUGACUGCGAGUGCUGUAAAUGAGAGAUCCCGGGGCCGAUGGAUCGCACUAUCUGGGAGAAUGCCAUUACUUCACAGACCAUUUCAGUCAAUAUACCUAUUGUACGGUCAAAUGGGAACGGGUUCCGUCCGUUUGGGUGGUUCGGUGGCUGCGGUUUGCGGUGCCGGCCUCGAGGCGGCUUCCGGUGCGGGUUCGGGAGCUUUGGCGGCAGUGGAAACGGGUUCCGUCCGUUUGGGUGGUUCGGUGGCAGCGACUGAAGCGGUGUCACCACUCUUAAUGGUAGUGGUAGUGCGCGGAGCGCGCGUUCCCUUCCCAUCAGAUUUGGACAUCGCGUUAGCCGUCGAGUUUUUGAAGGCUCGGGCGGCGGCGUUAGACAGACCCUUAUGGAGCGCUUUAGCGGCCGCUUUGGCGGCCGAGUAG